GUGUGGUCAGGUGAUCCGGCGGCCGCCCAAGAUGGCGUCGGGUCCGCGGCGGCUGAGGAGGGGGAGCCGCUGGUAGCGGGAGGUGGCGGCGGCGGCGGCGCUCCUGGCGCUCGGCUGCCCGCGCCCCUCGGGCCUCGGGCGUGCGGCGAGGAGGGCUAUGAGCGUUCUGGGCCGCGUCUCUAGCGCUCGCUGAAGGCGCAGCCUGCCCGGCCAUGGCUCUGAGGGAGCUGAAAGUUUGUCUGUUGGGGGACACUGGUGUGGGCAAAUCAAGUAUCGUGUGGAGAUUUGUGGAAGAUAGCUUUGAUCCCAACAUCAACCCAACAAUAGGAGCCUCAUUCAUGACCAAGACUGUACAGUAUCAAAAUGAGCUGCAUAAAUUCCUAAUUUGGGAUACAGCUGGACAGGAACGGUUUCGUGCUUUAGCCCCAAUGUACUAUAGAGGGUCAGCAGCUGCCAUUAUAGUCUAUGACAUCACAAAAGAGGAAACUUUCUCAACAUUAAAGAAUUGGGUUAAAGAGCUUCGACAGCACGGACCUCCAAACAUUGUUGUAGCUAUUGCAGGAAAUAAAUGUGAUCUUAAUGACGUAAGAGAAGUCAUGGAAAAAGAUGCUAAAGACUAUGCAGAUUCCAUUCAUGCAAUAUUUGUAGAGACAAGUGCGAAAAAUGCAAUAAACAUUAAUGAACUCUUUAUAGAAAUUAGUCGUAGAAUUCCAUCAACUGACACCAACCCCCCGUCUAGUGGUAAGGGCUUCAAACUAAGAAGACAGCCGUCGGUGACAAAGCGCAGCUGCUGCUGACUGAUCCAUUUGAAAAUCAGACUUGUUUAUACAGUAGGUGGUCUUGGAAGUUAAUAGUUCACGUUGGAUUUAUAUUAUCAGGCUUAGAUCUCUAUCUGCUGGUGUUCAUAUGCCCACGGUCCAAUAAAAAUGGACCAGUUCAUCUGACAUCUGUAUGCUCGCAGAAAAGACUGCCAUCGUACGUCAGCCUGUUUACUUACAAAAAGUUGUAGUAUCUCUUGCAUUCAAAGGGAAUCCAUCACUUCUUUGGCCUUGCUUGAAAGGAAGUUGACAAUGGGUGGAUGAACUGAAAUGAAAUGUUUAGUAGUUUUGUAAUCAA